UAGCUUCAUAUUAAACCAAAAAUGUCUGCAGUUAUUGGUAUUACUUUUGGUAACACUACCUCGUCCAUUGCUGUUGCAACCCAGGACGGUAAGGUUGAUGUCAUUGCCAACCCAGACGGUGACCGUUCAAUUCCAUCUGCCUUAUCAUAUGUCGGAAGCGAUGAAUACCACGGCACCCAAGCCCAGAACCAGUUGAUCAGAAACGCCCCAAACACCGUUGUCAACUUUAGAGACUACAUCGGAAAGAAGUACGAAGAAAUCAACGCCAAAGACUCCCACCAGGUCGGAGCUCCAGCCAUCAAGGCUGCCGAUGGAGGCAUUGCCUACGAAAUCACCAGAAACGGUAACCAAGAGACCCUCAGCGUCAAUGAAAUCACCAAGAGACACUUCAAGCAGCUCAAGCUUGCUGCUGAAGACUACAUCGGAAAGGACAUCGAGGGUGUUGUCAUCACCGUUCCUACCGACUUCACUGCCCACCAAAGAGAAGAAUUGACCAAGGUCUCCAAUGAGGCUGGAUUGAAGGUGUUGCAAUUGAUCAACGAGCCCUCUGCUGCUUUGUUGGCCCACUUAUCCAACGAAGAAGACAAGUUGUUGCAAGACAAGAUCUACGUGGUUGCCGACUUUGGAGGUAUCAGAUCCGAUGCCGCUGUCAUUUCUGUCAGAGGCGGUGUUUUGACCAUAUUGGCUACUGCCCACGACCACGGCUUGGGUGGUUCCAAGCUCGAUGCUGCCUUGGCCGAGUUCUUUGCCAAGGAGUUCGAGAAGAAGUACAAGGCCAACCCCAGAACUAACCAAAGAUCCUUGGCCAAGUUGAUAGCCGAAUCGGUUGUUGUCAAGAAGACCUUGUCCAACGUGCAAACCUCCACCUGUUCCAUUGAGUCUUUGGCCGAAGGUUUCGACUUCCACACCACCAUCAACAGAUUAAGAUACGAAUUGACUGCCAGACAACCGUUGUCGGAAAUGACUGCUUUCGUGGAAAAGGUUGUCACCAAGGCUGGUUUGGAAACCUUGGACAUCGACGAAGUGUUGUUGGUCGGUGGUUCGUCCCACACUCCUAAGUUGGCUUCCAACGUCUCGUUCAUAUUCCCUGAAUCCACCGUUGUGGUUGCUCCUUCCUUGGACUCCAAGGCUGCCAACCCAAGCGAGUUGAUUGCUCGUGGUGCUGCCUUGCAGGCCUCCUUGAUCGAGAGCUUCGACGAGGAAGAGGUCAAAGAAUCCUUACAGCCAGUUGUCGUCAACACCCAGCACUUGGCCAAGCCAAUUGGUAUCAAGACUGCCGACGGUCAGUUCCAGCCUAUAUUAGUGGCCGAAACCGCCUACCCCAUCAAGAAGUCUGUUGAGGUCACCAACGGCGACUCUGCUGCCGUAGCCAUCCAGUUGUUCGAAGGUAAGAGAACCAUAAAGGAGACUGUGAUCGAGGCUGAGAAGUCCGAGGACCCCGAGGACUCUGAAGACGACUACUCCGACGAAGAACCUGAGAUCAAGAAGGAAGUCGUCUACGAGGCUGGCCAAUUGUUGGCUGAGUUGACCUUGAAGGAUUUGAAGCCAAACUCCAAGUUGGAGGUCAUUGUCAAUGUCACCCAAGACGGAACCUUGCAUGUUUCUGGUAGAGAAUUGAAGCAAGGCUCUGUUGCUGUCAAGGGCGAGGUCACCUCUGCCUAGUUAAUACUAGUAGAACUCAAUAUAUCGUGUACACUACGAGCUAGCCGU